CGUCACCGUUUAAACUUAGGGCUAGGACAGCAUCUUUGUGUCUACGCUCCACGUGGACAUUAAUCAUUUGUUCAUUUUGUUGUUUAACUAAAAUCGUCGAAGAAGAUCUGAGAGACCAUCUCGCUUCAGCUAAUUCGCCGCCGCUUCCUCCUUCUCCGGUAAGGUUCAGGAAUGGCCACCGUCACAUCCAAUGCUUCACCUAAAUCCUUCUCCUUCACUGUUUCCAAUCCUUUCAAAACCCUAAUCCCCAACAAAUCACCAUCUCUCUGUUAUCCAACUCGCAACAAGAACCAUCACCGUCUAGGUUUCUCGAUAAAAGCCACCGUAUCAACACCACCUUCAAUCGCAACCGGAAAUGCACCUUCACCGGAUUACAGAGUCGAGAUUCUCUCCGAAUCUCUACCAUUUAUCCAAAAAUUCCGAGGUAAAACCAUAGUUGUCAAAUACGGCGGCGCAGCAAUGACUUCGCCGGAACUUAAAUCCUCCGUCGUAAGCGAUCUCGUGCUCCUCGCGUGUGUCGGUCUUCGUCCGAUCCUCGUUCACGGUGGUGGUCCUGACAUCAACCGUUACCUGAAACAACUCAACAUCCCAGCUGAGUUUCGUGACGGACUACGUGUCACCGACGCAACGACGAUGGAGAUCGUCUCUAUGGUUUUAGUCGGAAAGGUCAAUAAGAAUCUGGUUUCUCUUAUUAACGCCGCCGGAGCCACCGCUGUGGGGUUAUCAGGACACGACGGUCGUCUUCUCACAGCACGACCUGUUCCCAAUUCAGCUCAGUUAGGUUUCGUUGGUGAAGUUGCAAGAGUUGAUCCAUCUGUGUUACGUCCGCUCGUUGAUUAUGGUUACAUUCCAGUGAUUGCCUCUGUUGCUGCUGAUGAUUCUGGUCAAGCUUACAAUAUCAAUGCAGAUACAGUUGCUGGAGAGCUUGCGGCCGCGCUUGGAGCUGAGAAACUGAUUCUGCUGACUGAUGUGGCUGGAAUCUUGGAGAAUAAAGAGGAUCCAAGUAGUUUGAUAAAGGAGAUUGAUAUAAAAGGAGUGAAGAAGAUGAUUGAAGAUGGGAAAGUUGCUGGUGGGAUGAUUCCUAAAGUGAAGUGUUGUAUAAGGUCUCUAGCUCAAGGAGUUAAGACUGCUAGUAUUAUUGAUGGAAGGAGACAACAUUCUUUGCUUCAUGAGAUUAUGUCUGAUGAAGGAGCUGGAACUAUGAUUACUGGAUAAGUUUGCUGUAAUGGGUGAUCAUCAAAGUUGAGUUUUUUGUAUUUGAGAAUGCCAAUGUUUCUUCAUUAGGAUGUCAAAUAUGUGCUUUAAACUUAUGAUCAUUUCUUAUAUUAGUCUUUAAAAGACAGUUUUUUUCGGUUUACAUAUGCAACUUUGAUGAUUAUCCUUCGUCUUAAAAAAGUUAGGAUUAUCUGUUUUAGUAAAUCUUCUUCUUUCUCAUUUGUUUAGCUCUGUUCUUCUUACAUUGUUUAUCCAAUGUUUGUUCAUUAGGAUGUCAAAUCUGUGCUAUGAACUUAUGAUCAUUUCUUAUGUUAGUCUUUGAAAAGAUUUUUGGCAGUU